CGCACGCAGAUUCCACCGCCGUUAAUCGUCGCAAAUACAUCAGUUUAUCUCCGUCGCUAAAUGCCUUGACAUUGAAUACUCUGUAUCCUUGUGUCUCUUCAGUGAUGGAUUUUUGUUUCGACCUGGUUUCGAUCUUCCUGAUCCUUGAUGUGGUUUUCAUCCGGUCCGCUGAUGGUUUUCCGAAGAACUUAAACAAAGUUCAACUCAGUUCGGGCAUCGGCAGCAAUCCUUUUCUCCAACCGUCCGCGAAUGUUCCUAGUGCUCAAAAUCGGAAUCCUUUCCUGCAACCGGUGAACAGCAACCACAAUGGAAAUGGAAACCCGUUCUUAUCAAAUAGCUUUACAUCACCAACUUCUAUGUCCAGUAAUAAUUAUAAUCCCACUCCUAAUAGUAUGCAACCGGUAAACAGCAACUAUGGAAACGGAAACCCGUUCUUGUCAAAUAGCUUUACAUCACCGACUUCUAUGUCUAAUAAUAAUAAUUAUAAUCCCACUCCUAAUAGUAUAAAUAACGAUCUCUUUCCUAAUAUUAUGAACAAUCCCUUCUUGAACCAGUUGAACCCUCCUAAAACCAUUAUAGAUACAAGGGUUGAUACAGAUUCUUCCAGUUCAUCAAGACCCGAUACACAAAGCCAUUACACACAACCAGUAUUUAAUACACCAACACCAGUUGAUGAUUUUACAACGUCUCCUACGCGUACUCCUCCUAAAAUUCAACCUCCAAUCUCACGUCCAUUAUUGGAGGAUCUGAUACCCAUGAAGAUCAGUCCAGUGAAAACGAUAUCAGAAAUUAAGUGCGAUGAAUAUGUGGGAGAAAUUGCGGGCACGACCCCGAUAACGUCUCUGACUGGUUCAUCGUCGGCCGUGAUCGAGGUGAAUAAUGUCUGUGAGAACACGAAUCGCUUGGUAGUCGGUGGCAUCGAGGCCCGGGUCGGCGAGUUCCCUCACAUGGUCGCCCUAGGUAGAAGCGGUUCCGAAUUCAUUCUGAUGUGCGGCGGGACGCUGAUUUCACAUACCUGGGUUCUUUCCGCUGCGCAUUGUACUUAUGGGCCAGACGGCGGCCCAACUCACGCAAGGAUAGGCUUCCACAGAUUGGCGGACCAGGAAGGCGUCACAGUUGCCGUUAAAAAUACGACGAGACAUCCAGAUCACAAGCCACCCGCGAUGUAUGCGGACAUAGCUUUGGUGCAGCUUGUGAACGACGUCACGUUUAGCACAUCUGUACGACCCGCGUGUCUUUAUCAGCAAUACGAUACCGUGCCUAGCAAGGCUUGGAUUAGCGGCUGGGGCCUUAAAGAAUUUGGUGGAGAAGUUAGCGAUCGACUGCAAAAAGCUCAACUGGAUCUGGUAGACAAUCUGUUUUGCACAAAACGGCACAACAGUUCCAUAGAAGUUCCACACGGUGUCACACCGAGUAUGAUCUGUGCCGGCGAUCCUGAUGGCAACUGGACCAGAGACACUUGCCAAGGAGAUUCGGGUGGUCCUCUGCAAAUAAUCCAUCCUACGAGCCAGUGUCUCUUCCAAGUGAUCGGUAUCACCAGCUUCGGUCAGGGCUGCGCGAUCAUCGACAUCCCCGGCGUUUAUACCAGAGUUUCCCAUUAUCUUCCAUGGAUCGAAGAUAUUGUCUGGCCACGAAAAUAAUAAUCGCAAUUUAUCCGACUUUUACGAAAG